GGGGCGAACGGCGCGCAAUCAGCGUCCGCUUUCCGGCGCGCGGCCAGAGCGACCCCAGACAAGCUCAUGCUCCGGUGCGUCCCGGAGGUCGCCCGCGCCGGUGUUUAACCACGUGUGGUGUGAAUUUAAGGGCAUCAUGUUAUGAAGAGAUGGGAGCUGCGGUGACUCGCGCAAUCAGGAAUUUCAACCUAGAGAACCGGGCGGAACGGGAAAUCAGCAGGAUGAAGCCCUCCCCCGCUCCGAGGCACCCCUCCACCAAGAACCUCCUGCGAGAGCAGAUGAGCAGCCAUCCAGAAAUUAAGGGAGAAAUUGCUAGAAAAGAUGACAAACUGCUGUCAUUACUAAAAGAUGUGUAUGUCCAUUCCAAAGAUCCCGUGUCUUUUGUUCAGGUAAAGGAUGCUGGAACACCUCAGAAGCCAAAGGAGUUCAGGUUGCCAAAAGACCAUCAUUCUGACAUGAUGAAUGUUAAGAACAUUCCCAAAGGCAAAAUUUCCGUUGUAGAGGCACUGACACUUCUCAAUAAUCAUAAACUUUAUCCAGACACAUGGACCGCUGAGAAAAUAGCUGAAGAAUACCAUCUAGAACAGCAAGAUGUAAAUUCCCUUCUCAAAUAUUUCGUUACUUUUGAAGUCAAAAUCUUACCCCCUGAAGGCAAGAAAGCAAUACAAUCAAAAUGAAGAGAAUCUUGAAAUAACUUUUCCUUUAUUUACUCUGCAUCCCUGUACCCUGUUUAUUUUCUCAUUUUUAGCAUAUUAAAUUAUAUAAAUUACCAAAUGUGUUAAGCUCCCUCCUUGUGAGAGCAUGCUAUAUAUUGAGCUCUGCUGAAUUUUCAGGAUUGCUGUUAGAAUUAAUUUUGUUCUCUUUUAAACUUUAAUUUGGUUUAGGCAUAUGUUCUUAUGCAAUAACUUAUUAGCAUGACUAAUCAGCACAUGUAUAAAUUUAUUAUAAAUAAAAGAGUUAUCAUACUUUAGGCAAAUCAUAUCAUCAGCCUUUAAAUUGAUAUAUAACCUCUUGGGAAAUGUCCUGAAUCCCUCGUUUAACAUUCAAAGCUUCACCUUCCAAUUUUGGUGGUUAGUUUAUGUAUGAAAUAACUUUUUAAAAAUAUAAACAGGAAUUGGUGUAUUUAAAAUUUUAGCAGUCUCUGCUUUGACAAACAGGUAAGUUCAAAAACUUUCAGAGAGACAGGCAUAGUGGAACCUAUCUGAAAAAAAUAACUUUUCUCUGGACUUAGCAUAGAAAUACAAGGAAAUUUUAAAGAGUGGAUAAAUCAGAGAACUAUGGUAAAUUGAAUUUGGUGAUCAAAUACAUAUAUUAUUUUCUAAUUUAAAUUCUGGUUGAAAGAAGAGAAAAAGUAGCAAGUAGAAAUAUAAAGUGGGAUCACUGGAAGGGAAAUUGCUGCUUCAUCCAUUUAACAAACUUCUGAGCACAGUGUGUCUUAAGUGAGGGUCUUAAGUCUUAAGUGAGAUUGUGUAACUUGAGCUCUGUCAUAUUACUACCUGUGGGAUUUUGGGUAGAUUGUGUAACCUCUUUGAGAUUGAAUUUCCCCUAUAAGAAUUAUAGUGCUGCCUUAUUAAAUCAAAGGGUUACUGUGAAGAUACAUAAGAUAACAAAGGACUACAAAGGACUGAACAAAUUCGACUCAUUUUUUUCCAUCUGAGAAGAGCAGCCUGGGGAGGUUUCAUGACCUAGCUAAGAUUAUUCUGUAGUUUAUGACAUAGCCAGGCCCAGAAUUUAGGCUUUCAAAGUCCUAGUGCUAUGUUUUUUUCAAAAAAUAUAUCUCAAAAGUGUAGAAGGUGUGAGUUGUGGGAAUAUUCAGAGAAUGUGGUAAGAAAAAUUCCAGGUUAUCAGUGUCUUUCUGAGGGAAGACAGGCAUUCCCUACUUUCCAGGGAUUUCCCUGGAAAUGGUAUGGAAGUUGCUGAGGAAUUCAGCAUGAUGAUGGAAUGAGGCAUUUGUAAUGUUGAGAAGAGAAAAACUGACUGAGAUGGGUAAGUUUUAAGCUGUAUUCAAGUGCAGUCCCAUUAUGUGAAUAAACUAUACCUACCUAUAUUUGGUUCAAAACUAGUUCUUUUAAGAAAAAAAGAAUUCUUAAUAUAAAAUUGUAUUUUAAAACUCCGAUAACUCAAUUAUCAAAACUGUUUUCUUUUACCAAAUAAAGGUCAAUACUUGUACUUGAAUCACUAAUACUGCUAUUUCUGAGCCAUCUUCCCUAUUCAAAUUUGCACUGUGAUUAGGCGGCUGUAAAUAUAGCUGUUGUUAUGUGUGUCACAUGAUAAAAUAAAGUACUUCCCAUAUCAUU